AUGUUCUAUUCAACAUUCCAGAGCCUCGGAUUAUCUCCCGCUCAACUUCGGACAGCGUCUACUCCCCUCAUCAGUUUUACUGGAGCCCCGGUUUGGCCACUCGACUUGAUCUCUCUCCCCGUGCGGGCUGGAUCACGGGUUCUUGAGAUAGAGUUUGUGGUGGUCGCUUCUCCCAGCCCAUACAACGUAAUACUCGACCGAACCUGGCUGCAUGAGAUGAAGGCAGUCGCCUCCACCUUUCACCAGGUGAGCUGUAUGGAAGUACAAUGCGUGGCAGCCACUCCCGUUCCAGUAAUUGAAGAUGUUGGUGUGCCAGCCGAGCAAAGGUCAUCCGAGGAGUUAAUACGAUUUUUAAUCCCCGAGGGAGAAGGAAGAUAUUUUUUAAUUGGGAGUUCUUUGAGCGAAGCCGAACGCAAGGAGAUGUGUGACUUCCUGAUGCGAAACAUAAAAGUAUUUGCUUGGACUCCGCAGGAAAUGCCUGGUGUGGAUCCCACGUUCGCCGUACACGCAUUGAAUGUUGAUCCAAGUAGGCGGCCGGUGGUGUAG